GCGCCUGCGCUAAGUUCCUAACAACCUGUCAACAAAGUGUGGGGCAAAUUUAUAAUCACCGUUUAAAACUCUUAUUUAUGAAAUAACUGAUUAGUUGACAGGAUGUAUAGUCGAGGGAACUCAGGUUUGAGCACCUACAGCAAACCUGAAAAGAAACCAAGUAAGAACCAACGUGUAAAAGUAUGGUGUAGAGUACGACCUACAGCUUAUUUUGAUACAGAACAUCUAGAACUUGUCCCAGAUGGAAAGAGUGUAAAUGUACACCAGAAGAAAGAGUCUGCCAAGGGAGUUGUCAAUAACCAGAUUUUAGACUGGUCCUUUAGACUGGAUGGUAUCUUUCAUAAUGCUAGCCAGGAUCAUGUCUUUGACACAGUGGCUUCAGAUAUUGUUACAUCUGCACUAGAUGGUUACAAUGGAACAAUGAUGUGUUAUGGACAGACAGGAGCUGGGAAAACAUUCACAAUAACUGGUGCUACUGAAAGUUACAAGCAGCGAGGAAUUCUGCCCCGAUCCAUAUCACAGCUGUUCAGAGAGAUCGAGGAAAGACCUGAAUAUUCUAUCACUGUCAGAGUUUCGUACUUGGAAAUCUACAAUGAGUCUAUGGUAGAUUUGUUAGCAACACUACCUGAAGCCAUUAACCAAGAAAAUGGUGGUACAAUGUCAGUAGCCGAGAAUCAGUAUGGAGUCUAUGUUAAAGGAUUAUCUUGUCAUCUCACACAGAAUGAAGAGGAGGCUCUCAAUUACUUGUUUGAGGGAGAGACUAACAGAGCCAUUGCAGCCCAUUCACUGAAUGCACAGUCUUCUAGGUCUCACUGCAUAUUUACUCUUUAUAUUGAGACAAGAUCAAGAGUGCAGUCUAAUGCUAGAUAUACAGUUUCUAAAUUGAAUUUUGUUGAUUUAGCUGGAUCUGAAAGAUUGAGUAAAACUAAGUCUGAUGGAAAAACACAACAAGAGGCAAUGUACAUAAAUAAAUCAUUGACAUUUUUGGAACAAGUCAUUGUAGCAUUAGCAGAUCGGCGUAGAGAACAUAUUCCUUUUCGCCAGUCAAAAUUAACACAUUGUCUCAAAGAUUCUAUUGGUGGAAAUUGUAAUACACUCCUGAUAGCUAAUAUAUGGGGAGAAAAACAACAAUUAGAGGAAUCAGUAUCAACAUUGCGUUUUGCUACCAGAAUGAUGUGUGUUGCCAGUGAACCCUCGAUGAAUGAAAUUAUAGAUCCUGUGGUACAAUGCAAAAGGUUAGAAAAAGAAAUCCAGCAUUUAAAACAUGAGUUAGCCAUGCAUGAUACUUUGACAAACAGAAGCCACAUAACCUAUGAUACUUUAUCAGAACAACAGCGAUACGAGAUCAGACAACAAGUUAGACGAUAUUUAGAAGGACAUUUAGAUGAAAUAGAUAUUAUAAAUUUAAGACAGGUGCAAGGAGUGUUUGAUUCGUUUAAAGAUAUUUAUGUACAAAUGGAGAAAGAUGUUGAAGAACGAUUACGUCAGAAAUUUACAUUGAUUGACAGAACAGACCCAGCAGCUAUUGCAGCAGCACAACAGUCUGGUCUGCCAGUCACAGAUGAUGGUCUUCUGGUUGGAGAGACUGAUGGGGUAGGUUUUGGAGUAGGAAUGGCUCCUAAAUCUGCUAAAGCAGACCCAUCAUCUGUCGUACAACUCAAGAGGAAAGAAAAAGAAAAAGAGACAAAGAGAGGAAAAUUAUCAAGACAAGAUACAAAAAGUCCAACAGGGGGUAAGAGUGUUAGUAGUCCUUCACACAGUGCUAAAGGAGAGAGGGAGGUGAAGUCACCACACCCUUCAGUGGACAGGACCAGGGAGGAGGAUGCUGCCACACCAGCUAGUUCAUUAGGUGGUCCCAAAACAGACAGAACAGCCAGAGCUAGUACACCACCAAGUAGAACUACAGCUUUUGACAUAUUCAAGUCAGAGAAAGGAACAGAAUUGAACAGAAUCUUAGUUGAAAAUAAGGACAUUUUAGCAUCAAAUAAGAAAACAUAUACUGACCUAGCACGAGGAAUAAAUCACAACAAAAUAGAAAUAGAUCAAUGCAGAAUGAAAUUAGAAAAAUUAAAAGAAGAGAGAGAAUCUAAUGGUACACAAUAUAAUGAAGAGGGAGAUAUAAUUAUAAGUGAAGAAGAAUUCCUUGAAGUGAAGAGAUUGAAAGAACUGAAAUCUAAAUACAAAACUGACUACGACAACCUGAAAAAUCUUAAAGCAAAGGUUCAGUACUGCCAAAGACUGGUUGACAACUGUAGGCAAAAACUUAUACAAGAAUUUGAUAAAUGGUAUUCAGAAAGCUUUUUGAGUCAAACAGAGGAUGGCACCACCACAACCAGUAUGGCUGCUGGCCAUGGUAUCAGACCUGGUGUGUUACCUCCCUUUAAUCCAAACACAGUUCCUGAAGAUGAACAAGAAAAGUUUGAUAGAUUACAGAUGGAACUGUUGAUGAACAAUCCUGAUUCAGCUGCCUUCUUUAAUGCUCAACACAGAACACAGAGACGGAAAACAUAUGAAGCAGCCAUGAUGCAACCACAACCAUCUUACAGAAGGUCACCAGGAACACCUACAAUUUCAAUCAGGAAUCGUCCUCCAAACAUGUUACAAAUAAGUCAGUGAACAGAAUGUAAAAGACGUUUUGAUUGGAUGAUAGACUGAUAGUGUCGUCUGCUGAAAACAAUCAUUUGCAUAUUUUAAAUAUCAAUAUAUCUAUACUUUCUAUUGAUUUUACCAUCUUUGCUAAAAGAAAGAAAAGAUGUCAAAAUGUUUAAAAAUAAGCAAAUUUUUAAAAUGUAGAAAUGUAUGAAUGUUUAUUUUUACUGCAAAAAUAUAAGAAUAAUUAUGAUUGUAAAGUUACUGUAAAAGUAUAUUUCAAAAUGGAGUUCUUGCUAAAAAAGAAAGUGCAGAGGAGCGUAACUUUGUCUUGAGAUAUAACUUGAUAAACAGUUCUGACAAGGCUUUGCAGUAUUGAUAUAAAUUUCUUAUUGAUGUGUGACAUAAAAAAAAUAUCACAUUCAUUUUUAUCAAUAGAUUUUAGUUGCACAAAGUUUAGCAACAUUGAAUAAAUAUUUCUGUUAUUAUAUUUAAAGAUGAAUGCCUUGAGUAUUAAUGAUAAUAUUGUUGUUGUAAUGUUCUUUUUUCUCAAAGGGAGGUAAUAUGUUUUGUUUUAGGUAUCUGUAUUAUUUCAUUUAAGGUCAUAUUUUCAAUGGCUUAUAGGAUAACUCAUUUUACAAUUAAACGUUGUACUGGUCUUUUAGAAAUUUUCACAGGAUUUAAUCAUUUUAUUGAAUUGAUUGUAUAUUUGCGUCUGGUAUAUUGAAUUAUAAGGCUUGUAUCUCUAAAGAAUUUUUACUUCAGGAUGAUUUCUUAUCAGGAAGGAGCAUGUUUAUUUUUUAUUGAUUAUUUCAUCAAUGAAGAUUUUCACAUAAGGAAAACAGUGCUAUGGAAAGAGUCAUUUCACAAGAUUAAUUCAAAGUCUAAAUAUGACCUAGAUUCCAAAGAUAAGGCUGUGAUAAGCUGCUUUUAUUAUUUUUCAUUUUAAAAAACAUUCUUAAUUUUGUAUUUUUAUUAUAAUCAAUUUUGCUGUGUGAAAAUGAUUUAGAAUACAUUUGAAAAAGAAUAGUUGCAUCCGAAUUGAUUAGAAAAUUCUAAAAAAUAUAUAUUUUCUUUUCUCUGUUGUCAGGUUUAAUUUACUUUUAAUCUGAUUAUUUUUAUAACUAGCAUGGACUGUCCAUAUGAUCUCAGUUAAUCUGAGAUUUAAGUGUACGUAAUACUGAUGUAAUUUUUCAGUUAGCUAUGCUUAUUGAUGUUGUAAGAUGGCACAUUAUUGAAAAAAAAUGUCAGUUGGUCUGUAUAUUAACUGAAAAUAUCACAAAUAUAGAUUCUAUCAUUACACAAACUUUUUUUUUACAAGAAUGAAAAAAUUAUCUUUAUUUAUUUUAUAUACAUGUCUGUAUAUUUCCUGUUGAUGUUGGACACAGUAUUUUGUGGUUGUGAUAAAUUUAUGGAGGUUUAUGUCCAAAAAACUAUUUUAGUUUAUAAAUAAAUUAUUAAUAUAU